GUCAAUACUACCAGCAGCCUCCUCAGGGCUAUGGUCAGCCCCCGCCUCAGCAGUACGGAGCCCCAACACCUCAACCUUACGGCGCUCCAUCUCCCCAACCAUACGGAGCUCCAUCUCCCCAACCAUACGGAGCUCCACCACCUCCUCAACCCUACGGCGCCGCUCCCCCUCCCGGUCCUCCACCCAGUCAGUACUACCCGCCUGCACCUCAAGGAGUUUACGGGGCGCCGCCGCCGCCACAGCAGCAGCAGCCGUACGGCGCGCAGCCAGGCUACGGGCAACCCCCUCCUCCGCAGCCGUACGGCCAGCCCGCUCCCCAACCAUACCAGCCGUACGGGCAACAUUACCCGCCGACCCCUCCCUCCCUCGGAUACGGGCCUCCUCAGAUCAUAGCAUGGAGCGGCGACGAGGAUGCAAGGGCUCUGAGAUCAACAUGAUACGCGACGCCUAUGCGAGGAUCCACCGGCGUGACCUCGUGGCAGACAUCAAGAGUGAAACCAGCGGCUGGUUCGAGGCAGGGCUCGUCUCCCUCGCCCGCGGCCCGCUUCUCAGCGAUGUCUACCUGCUCCGCGAGGCCCUGUCCGGCAUCGGGACCAAGGAGAAGGCGCUCAACGACGUGCUGCUGGGGCGGUCCAACGCGGAUAUCAACGCCAUCAAGAGCGAGUACCACCGGGUCUUCCACCGACGGCUGGAGGACGACGUGCGGAGCGACCUGAGCAUGAAGACCGAGAGGCAUUUCAUGAUUGUCCUCCAGGCACAGAGAGCCGAGGAUUCGGCGCCCGUCGUGAAGGCUGACAUCGACCGGGACAUCAACGACCUGUACAACGCCACCGAGGGCAAGAUUGGGACGGACGAGAUCAAGGUGUGCAGCAUCCUGAGCACGAGGAACGACAACCAGCUCCGCGCUAUCGCGUACGAGUACCAGCAAAAGUUUGCGCGCAACCUGGAGGACGUCAUCCGCAAGGAAUUCUCGGGCCACAUGGAGGACGCCCUGCUGUUCCAGUUGCGCAACGCGAUCGACAAGUACAUGCACCAUGCGACACUACUCGAAGAUGCCAUGGCUGGCGCCGGCACCAAGGACUAUCUCCUCAUCAGCCGUGUUAUUCGCUACCAUUGGGACCGCAACCACAUGGCCAACGUUCGCGGAGCGUACGAGAGGCGGUACCGACGCAGCCUGGCGUCGAGGAUCAAGGGAGAGACGAGCGGCGACUAUGAGCGGCUGAUGCUGGCAUGUAUUGGGGAGCGUGUCUAAGCAGGCGGGAACCAACGUUUCAAUUUUUCUUUUUUUUUUUUUUUUUGACUCUCGCGACAUGAGGUCCUCCUGCCUCUUCCUGAUUCUUGGUCUCUCUC